UUGCAUUAGGUUAUGAAAGACUGUUUUUGAAAUAAAUCUUUUGAAAAUACGUAAUAUUUACAUAUUGUCAUGCCUAUAACAGAGUACGUAGCGUCGUUAUCUCAAAAUCCGUAUUUUGGUGCGGGUUUUGGCUUAUUUGGCGUAGGAGCCGCAGCCGCUGUUCUACGAAAAGGAUUACAGGCAUCAGUUGUACUAUUCAGGAGGCAAUGCAUGAUAACCCUCGAAGUACCAUGUCGGGACAAAUCUUAUCAAUGGUUAUUACAAUGGAUCACACAAAAAGGUGCAAAGCACACCCAGCACUUGAGUGUUGAAACGUCUUUUCUACAAAAGGAUACAGGACAGAUUAAAACUAAAUACGAAUUCAUACCAAGUGUUGGUCAACAUUUCUUCAGGUAUGGAGGAACUUGGAUAAGAGUAGAUAGGACCCGUGAACAGCAAACAAUAGAUUUACACAUGGGUAUACCAUUUGAGACUGUCACAUUAACUGCAUUCGGACGUGACAAGCAAGUUUAUUAUGAUAUACUUGAGGAAGCAAGAACAAUGGCAUUGAAACAACAUGAAGGCAUGACAGUUAUGUAUACUGCAAUGGGUUCAGAAUGGCGACCCUUUGGUCAUCCCCGUCGCAGGCGACCACUGAGUAGUGUGAUACUUCGUGCAGGACUUGGGGAAAAGAUAUUGACAGAUUGCUUAGAUUUUAUUGACAAUCCACAAUGGUAUACAGAACGAGGAAUCCCAUACAGAAGAGGUUACCUCCUUUACGGUCCUCCCGGGUGUGGAAAAUCUUCAUUCAUCAUGGCAUUAGCUGGUGAAUUAGAAUACAAUAUAUGUGUUCUCAACUUAUCAGAAAGAGGACUAACAGAUGACAGGCUAAACCAUCUACUUAGUGUUGCUCCUCAACAAUCGAUCAUACUACUGGAAGAUAUUGAUGCUGCGUUCGUAUCACGUGAAGACACGCCUUCCCAAAAAGGGGCAUACGAAGGUCUGAACCGUGUUACAUUCAGCGGACUCCUCAACUGCUUGGACGGUGUAGCAUCCACAGAAGCGCGAAUCGUUUUUAUGACCACAAAUUAUCUUGAAAGAUUGGACCCAGCUCUUGUUAGACCAGGUAGAGUUGACUUAAAGGAAUAUGUCGGUUAUUGUGAUCAAGAGCAAGUGGAACUUAUGUUUUUAAGAUUUUAUAAAGAUGCUGAAGCAGCAAAAACAUUCACUGAAGAUGUCCUUUCAAGAAAGAAACCAGUCAGUCCUGCUCAAAUUCAAGGAUAUUUUAUGUUCCAUAAGCACUCAAGCCCUAAAGAAGUUCUGGCUGAUGUUAGUUCUAUUUGGACACUUGGAUAAUACUGUGAUAGAAAACACAUUUUAUAGAAAUAAGUAAUUAUUUAUCAAAAAAAAUAUGGUCCCUUGAUAAGUUGUUUAUGAAAGUCAUUUGAAUGAAAAUUUAUUUUAGUGUUCAUUAUGUAUUAAUUAUAAUAAAUGA